AUGAGUAUAAACCCAAGAGGGUCUGCGCCCACUGAGAAUCACUCGCGUCCGGACCAGAGACACACUUACUCGAGCGCCGCCAGACAGGGAAUACCACAACAUGAUAUGGCAAAAGCACAUCAAAGUGGUGUCAUUACAUCCCAAUCAAACCUUUCAGCACAGGUGCCGAACGUGAAUGCGGCGGCCCCUCAAAUGCCGGCCUCAGCCGUGCCCAACGCGGCCCCCAAUCAGAUGCAUCUGCAGCAGACUGUGUCCCAAAUGAUGCCUCAACCCAAUCGAUUCAAUCAUCCUUUCCAUCCACAACAACAACGACCACAACAACAGCAACGACAGGCACUUUUGAAUCACAGACCAAACAAUGGCGUUCCCAAUAGUGUUCCGCAAAACGCUGUCCAGCAACCAAACAAUGGCGUUCCCAAUAGUGUUCCGCAAAACGCUGUCCAGCAGUCUGUGGGCCAUAAUAUGGGUCCGCAUCAGCCGAAUCAUCAGCAGUUCUUCACAGUGCAAAUGGCACCACAACAACAUCACAUCCCACAGAUGGCCUAUAAUCUGACGCCUCAUAAUAUGGCUCAUUCCUAUCAACAGAGGGCCUUAAAUCCGGCCCACAUGCAGUACUACAUGUAUGCGCACCCGCAACAGCAACAACAGCAGCCGCAACAGGCAUUUCAGCCGCAACCGGCGUACCCGUAUGGCAUGAAUGUCUACUCGUCUCACUUUAACCCUCAACCGGCGACUCAUCCAAACGCUCAAAUGGUGUCGUCACAGCUCCAGCCCAGAGGACAACCGGUUGCCGCUCAACCGGUCAUACAGACGACUCACCAGCCAUUGCCCGUUCAGAUGACUGCGCCCACCCCUGAGAUGAACACCGAGUCGCCCACACCGUCGUCAACGAAGGUGCAGAAGCGUACGCGGACUUUGGCCAUUCUUACGGAUCCCAAUAGUGGCAAAACCAUUGAUUUGGCCGAUUUGGCCAAAAACCCCAUUGAAGAGGCCAACAGCCAAACCGAUGCCACUCUGAAGACUGAGUCACAUUCGGGAACUUCCAAUCCUGCGAAUACCACUCAAACGUCAAAGGAGAUGGACGCCCAGAUCAUAGCGUUGAACUUCGCGACGGCAGUGGCAGUCGCGGCGACGACCACCACUCCAGACAAACCAAGUGCUGCCUCCCUUUCAACCACUCCUAAUGUGAAUGAAACAGUUUCGGCUAAUUCUAAGCCUCAGCGGGAAGAGAAGACAGCUAUUAGUAAACCCAACACAAGUGAACCAAUUAAUGACAAAUUAAGGGAUAAUUGUGACCAUUUGACGAACGAUAAACCA